UCAGCUGGCAGCAGCAGGCAGGAGCAGUGAGUGUGCAGAGGGCAGUGUACAGGGCAUUUUCCGCUGCCCCCCUCCACCCGGGCACCCCCUCUCCCCUGCCACAGGAUCAGCUGCCCCUGGCACUCACACUGACAGCAGAGCUCCCUCCCUGCACAGCCCCCUCCUCAUCCUGCACCCUGCCCCCCUCCAGCUUCUCUUCCUUGGAAAAGUUUGGGCAAUUGGAUUGGGAUUGCCGAAGCGCUGGUACCAGGCGGGGUUCCUCUCCGGGAUGCUGUGGAGUAUCGCUCCCGUCCUGCGCGCCACUCGAAGCUGUAGAUGCCAGUAUGAUCGCACUCACCAGCUAGAUGUGCCAGGUUGGAGUAUUAGCUGCCUUAGAGGAGGGGUCAUCCUGCCAGGGGCGGCACAGAGACACACAGGGAUGCAGAGCCGUCUGGAGUCACCGGGGUUUGUGUAAGCCGCUGGAGGAAAGCUCUUCACUGGCCCCAUCUAUACACGUAAGGCUGCACAGGGGGUUGCCCAUUUCCACACUCUAUCUAACUCUUCGGAGGCUCCAUUGUGCUGGACCCAUGAGGCAUAUCCAGAUGGACCCAGCACCCAAGGAGGAGGAGGUCGGUGGAGAAAACAGCCACUCAACAUCUGCGGACUUAACCUCUCCAGGCCAGGCUGCGGUUCUCAAUGCUGUUCAGGAUUGCAGGGUGCUGGUGGAAUACCCUGAGAAUGAGCACAAACUCCAAAAAGUCUAUCACGUGUCCAUAACAUCUGAUGGCCCCGGGCCUAAAGCCAUUUGCCGACAAGCCUUGAAGAGGGGACCACCAGAGCAGCUUCCUGAGCCAUCUAGGAGCCCGAGGAGAGCCUUCUGGGGUCACAAUAAGAAUGAGGGUCCAUCUGGGAAUUACCAGUCUGACGCGGACUAUCUGAGUUGCUCGUUAGCUGAUGAGGACGAUGAGGAGGAUCUAGACACUUUCGAGGAUGGGUUGCUUACAGAAGAAAUCCCUAUGUGCAGUUCUGCUCAGCAUUUUUCCCAUAGCGGAUUGAAAGUCAUUGAACACAGAGUUGAGACGUUCCCUUCCAAGGAACCUCAAGGCAGGCGACUAACCACACAGCCUCUCCCUAAAAAUGCUUGCAGAAAGACUGACUCCCCUUCUCCUCCACCUUGCACCACUUUGCACAACAGGAGCCCAAAAGAGGCACAGCUGGGGAACUCCGAUGAAUUGUCCACUUUCUCUGAAACCAAUGGGUCAAAUGUCUACGUUGAACCUAGGACUUAUAAGGAGUCCACCAGCAACCAGCACAUACUUGAUAAUGUUUUGCACAACAUUGCACAUCCAGAGACGUUGACCGAAAACUUGGAGGCAGGUAGCAGUCACAGCAGUGCCAAUGGCGACUCUGUCGGGGUUCUGUCAUCUGAAGACCCAUCAAAGGAAACCUCACUUCCUUGUAUGCAAGAUCAAAAGCCACAGACUGCCGAUGGAGAAGACCCCAGCUCAUUAGCGAGGACUCCUCCUGGGCUUGCCCGCCUCUGCUCCCCAGGAAGUGGUAACACGGCAGUCAAGAGGAAGCUUCUUCCUUCCACCGAGAUAGAUGAAUCCUGUUCCGAAGAUGAAGGACUUGGCAAAAGAUGGAGAGGAAGUGAGAGCUGUCAGACACUCCAUGGGUCCUGCAGAAGCACAGAUUCCAAGGCCGCACCUUUUUGGAACCAUCUUUUGCCAACAGCCAGGAACUCGCAGAAGAGCCCAACGGACUGUACGAGUCGGAGGACAAAGCGCGGUCUGCGUCUGAAAUCUCGUACUUUGCGCAGUCUGAGGAAAGGACAAGCAGGGAGGAGCUGCACUGGAAACUGGGCAAAAUCUUGCAUCAGUCGAUCGCUGCUUGGAAACUUUGAGGAGUCCAUUCUGAGAGGAAGAUUCGCUCCAUGCGGUCAGAUCGAAGGUUUCACCGCAGAAAUUGGCGCCAGCGGUUCGUACUGUCCUCAGCACGUCACUCUUCCAGUUGAAGUCACUUACUUUCACAUUUCCGAGCACAGCGCCCCCUCGCCCUUCCUGGGAGUGAUUGAUCUUGAAGCCGUUGGCAGGAAGGGAUACAGUGUCCCCAGCACAGGAACCAUACAAGUGACCUUAUUUAACCCCAACAAGACCGUGGUGAAGAUGUUCCUCGUCACCUACGACUUUAAGGACAUGCCCGUCAACCAUAUGACUUUCCUGCGUCACCGGAUCUUCCUGGUGCCAGUGCAAGAGAAUGAUGGCGAAAAUGAAGGGCAACACAGUGCCUCCGGAGGAGCUGCUGCUAAGGAGAAGGCCAAGAGGAUCCUGUGCUACCUCAUGCAUCUGAGGUUUCAGCGCUCAAAGUCUGGAAAGAUAUACCUCAACGAAGACAUCCGCUUAUUGUUCUCCCGAAAAUCCAUCGAGAUGGACACUGGCAUCCCUUAUGAACUGAAAUCCUUCACCGAAGCCCCUAAGAACCCCAAAUACUCCCCAAGGCUAUAGGGACUGAGCCCAGGGAAGAGGCAUGAGGCUCUGAUACACCCUCACCUCACCCCCUGAAGAUUACGCACACCUUUAUUUAUUAAAUGCACUCCCCGAUUUAAAAAAAAAUCUUCAAAAUCCCCCACCCUUACCUCCUGUCCCUUCCACCCAUCUUCCAUCUGGGUCCCACCAAAAAUUUUACAGAUGGGAUUCAAUGUCUCGAUAAUUUUAUUUUUUAUAUAGUUUAAUUUUAAGGUAAAAAUGGUUAAUUAUAAUGAAGCGAAUCGCACAAUAUUCGCACUCCACGCUAAGGGACCCCUUCUGUUAAUGAAUCCGAAAGUGAUGUCAAGUUUUCUGACUAUGUCUGCAGAGCCAGUGAGUAACUGAAGGUCGGAGGUCACCUGAUUUGACACCUACGAAUUCACUGGGAAAAAAAAAAAGAAGGAAAAUUUGGAGCCACGCCAAUAUCUGUGAGAGAACCCUAACCGAAGACUGACCUCAUCAGUGUAGCUACGAACCAUUACCUUACUCGGAGGCCAUUUUGAAUUCAAUUUUUAUUAUUAUUAGUUUUUUUACACUGCCGUUGUCUCAGAUGCAAAAUGGAUCUGCCAUUUUUCAGAGGUUACUUUUAUUUUUAAAGAUAGACCUAAAGUAUCAAAAAAAAAAUUUAAAAAAAUCCGGAAUCCAGAUUAUUUUGAAAUAUUCCUGAUUUACAGACAUAGUGAAACAAGUAUAAUUUUAAUUUGAAGGACCGCCAUCUGAAGUAAAAAAAAAAAAA